AACCAAUGAACUAGGGGAAAGUACUUACAGCCUUCAGGUUGGAGUAAACGAGGAGGACUAGGGACUCCGUUGACCCUCUCCGCUUCUCCCCCAGUCGUUGAGGAUUCUCAUUUCCAAAUCUUUAACUGAUAUAUUGAACCGGAUCCUUCAUUUUGUUGCUGAGGAAAGGGAGAAAUCUUGAGGAAAUUUGGGAGUGCUCAUCUCAUCCAAUCCAAAUUCUUUGGCCGGACUAAAUUUGGAUUUGUACCAUUGUUGAUGCGGGAUUAGACUUGGUUUUGAUUGAAGUGAAGUAGUGGCAUUUUGAGAUGGAAGGGGAUAUAUUUUCAGGAUUUGGUAAUGGAAGCCAAGUAGAUACCAAGGUUAUCCAAACUUUUCAGAAGAGUUUUGUGCAAGUUCAAGACAUCCUAGAUCAGAACAGGCUGCUAAUCAAUGAGAUAAACCAGAACCAUGAAUCAAAGAUCCCUGAUAACCUGGGUCGAAAUGUGGGUUUAAUUAGAGAACUGAAUAACAACAUCAGGAGAGUAGUUGGUCUCUAUGCAGAUCUCUCAAGCUCGUUCACCAGAUCAGUGGAAACUUCAUCUGAGGGAGAAUCAACUGGACCAAUUAGAUCGGAUGGAAAAGCCAGUCAGAAGAGAAUUAGAUCCGGGUAAUUGACCAAGACCAAGAUAGAUGAGCUUUCGUAUAAAUUCUACUCCUUUUCACCGUGGAAUAAGAAGGUUUUCUUUUUUCUUUUUUCUUUUUUCUUCUUUCUUCUUUCUUUCUUUUUAACAUACCGAAGGGAAAGAACUUGUUUAGAUUCUGUCAAUGAAUGAGUGAUAUGCAUCUGAAGUUUAGAGCUUUAGUAUAAGCACUCACCUUAUGAAUUGAAAUAACCUUGAACAAUUUACCUUUUGUAAUCUUGUAUAACCAUAUCAUCUCAUUGAAAUCAAGCGUCAGUUUCUUUUAUUUAUCUGCUCACCCGAGUUAUUGUCUGCUUGGCCAAUACAAUGUACUUAUUCUGUUAGUGCCUUUGGGUUAUAUCAUCUGUUCUUGGUGCUAAUCCUUUUGAUUAUUCUUUGAUGGAUCUAGCGUGAGCACAUAGCGUGUUUCAUUUAAAAACAAUUUUGAAAGAUGAAUUCAGUUCUGCCGAUAUUGUUCUUUGUUAGAGAUGAUAAAUCUUUGAUGGGGACUUUCAACAACCCACUUUAUUCUUUUCCCAUGUUUGUCAAAAGAGAUUCCUUAUUAUGUCUGUACCCCAGUUGAAGAUUUUUGUGAAAAAUUGGUAUAUACCAUUUUUCAUUGAUGUCAAUUUAUAUUAGUUAAGAUGCUUAUGUUCAUGAUUCUCCUAGCUUUAUAGUUAUCUAUGUGGGGGAAUUGAGUAAAAUAACAGGCACUUCUUUGAUGACCUUGAGAAAUUAUUGGCCUUUUGGGUUGAAGAUGCUGUGUCACAAUUGAAGAAAGCAACUUUGAGUAAAAUCUCAUUUGUGAC